GGCCGCGCGCACCCCAGCACAGACGCCGAACCCAGGCUCCCGGGCCGCAGCCGCGACUGUGGGUGACGCCACGGCGGCGGGUUGCAUCAGCCUGCGCCCACGUGCUCCGCCCGCCCUUCCGCCCACGGAGCCGGGCACCGAUUGGGCCACGUUGGGGCAGUGCUCUCCGCCCCAGCCAAUGGGUGGCAGCCACAGAGGGUUCUGACCGCAGAGUCCGGGCGCGGGGUACCUAUAAAAGGUCCCCGAGACGGGCGCGCGCGCUCGAGAGACGCGAACCGUUUUUGUGGAGGUUGUGGCGGCGGAGACACUUGCUGCCUGGCGUCUGGGAGCGCCGUCGAGCCCACAGCACCGUCGACAUGGAGCCCGAGCCCGUCACGCUCCUGGUGAAGAGCCCCAACCAGCGCCACCGCGACUUGGAGCUGAGCGGCGACCGCAGCUGGAGCGUGAGCCGCCUCAAGGCCCAUCUGAGCCGCGUCUACCCCGAGCGCCCGCGUCCAGAAGACCAGAGGUUAAUUUAUUCUGGGAAGCUGUUGUUGGAUCACCAGUGUCUCAGGGACUUGCUUCCAAAGCAGGAAAACCGGCAUGUUUUGCAUCUGGUGUGCAGUGUGAAGAGUCCUUCCAAAAUGCCAGAAGCCAGCGCAAAGGUUGCUGAAUCCAUAGGGCAGCCCGCUGGUCUUAAUCAGGGACAGUCUCCUGGGGAUUCCUCAAGUGACGGUUUAAGGCAAAGGGAGGUUGUUCGGAACCCUUCUCCCUCUGGAUGGGAGAAUAUCUCGAGGCCUGAAGCUGCCCAGCCGGCGUUCCAAGGCCUGGGGCCUGGUUUCUCAGGCUACACAACCUAUGGGUGGCUGCAGCUCUCCUGGUUCCAGCAGAUAUACGCACGGCAGUACUACAUGCAGUACUUAGCAGCCACUGCUGCAUCAGGGGCUUUUGUUCCCUCGCCAAGUGCACAAGAGAUACCUGUGGUCUCUGCGCCUGCUCCAGCGCCUAUCCACAACCAGUUUCCAGCUGAAAACCAGCCUGCCAAUCAGAAUGCUGCUCCUCAAGUGGUGGUUAAUCCUGGGGCCAAUCAGAAUUUGAGGAUGAAUGCACAGGGUGGCCCUAUUGUGGAAGAAGAUGAUGAGAUAAAUCGAGAUUGGUUGGAUUGGACCUAUUCAGCAGCUACGUUUUCCGUUUUUCUCAGUAUCCUCUACUUCUACUCUUCCCUGAGCAGAUUCCUCAUGGUCAUGGGGGCCACCGUUGUUCUGUACCUGCAUCAUGUCGGGUGGUUUCCAUUUCGACAGAGGCCAGUUCAGAACUUCCCGAAUGAUGGUCCUCCUCAGGAAGCUGCAAAUCAGGACCCCAACAAUAACUUCCAGGAAGACCCUGAUCCUGAAAUUGCAGACCCCAACCGCCUCCCUCCAGACAGAGACGUAGUAGAUGACGAGCAGACCAGCCCUUCUUUUAUGAGCACAGCCUGGCUCGUCUUCAAGACUUUCUUUGCCUCUCUUCUUCCAGAAGGCCCCCCAGCCAUAGCAAACUGAUGGGGUUUGCUCUCUGGCUGCUAGAGGCUUUGGCGGGCAUGGACUGGAUCAUCUGGUUCCGGCUAGAUUUCCUUGCCUGGACGUGGCGAUGGCACAGAAUUAGU